AUGACAAGAUCUUAUGAUAUAAUUCUAUCAUUAAUUGAUGAAACAGACGAUGAUCUUCUAACAUUAGAAAUUCUUCUUUUAAAAUUCUGUUCAAAUGAAGAAGAAUCAAAUUUAUGUUUUAAUCAUUUAUAUAAAUAUAAAAAUCAUCAACAAUGUACAAUUUUAAUGAUAGCUAUAUUGCAAAAUCGACUCAAUUUAAUUCAAAUGCUAUUAACAAAAUUUCGAAAAUCAAUUGAUUUAGAAUUUCGAGGUUCAAUCAAAUAUAAAACUCAUUAUCGAUGUGGUGUAACUGCAUUAUCAGCAGCAGUUUGUGUUGGAAAUUUGCAAAUAAUCAAAUUAUUAAUUGAAAAUGGAGCUGAUAUUCAAACAAGAAAUAAUUAUAAUGAAACACCAGUAUAUUUAGCAACUGAUCUUUGUAAAUUUGAUAUUGUUAAAUAUUUAAUUGAAGAAAUACAUGUUGAUAUUCAUAGAAUUACAAAUGAAAAUAAUACAUGUUUAAAUAUUGCAGGAAUUCAUGGUCAUUUAAAAUUAAUUAAAUAUUUAUUAGAAACAACUGAUAUAAAUAUUAAUCAUCAAAAUAGGAAUGGAGAUACAUCAUUACAUCUUGCAAUUGAGAAAAAUCAUAUAAAUGCUGUUAAACUUCUUUUAUCAUAUCAGAAAAUUCGAAUUGAUAUUGAAAAUAAUCAAAAAAUGACUCCAUUAGAAAGUGCUGCUGUUUGUUUACAGGAAGUAAUUGUUAAUUAUAUAUUAAAUUUAGAAAAUUUAAUUCAAAUUCAAGAUAAAAUUUCAAUAUUAGAAUUGUUAGGUGCAUCAUUUCUAUGUAGAUACACAAAUAUAUCUGAUUAUAAUAAAACUUAUGAAUAUUUAAAUCAAGCAAUGAGAUUAAGAAUAUCAAAUGGAAUUAUUAAAAUAUCAAAUCAACCAAUUUCGGCUUAUAAAAACCAUAUGGAAUGUUUAACAAUUGAUGAACUUGAAUCUAUUCGUUAUCAAGAUGAAGUUCUACAUCUUGAAGCAUUAGUUAUUUAUGAUCGUCUUUUAUUAUUAAAAAAUGGUCUAGAAUUACUUUAUUGUAUUGAAAAUCAAGCUUUAAUAUGUAUGGAAAAUUCAGAAUUUGAUCGUUCGAUUGAUUUAUGCAUUCAUGGAUUGGAAUUAUCAAUAAUUAAUGAUGAUAUAAAUAGAAACAUUCAAAAUAUUGGUGAAAGAAUGUUUCAUAUUUGUUUAUUAAUGAAAAGAAUUAGUGAAAUUUAUUUGAUAAUAUUUUCAUUUAAAUGUUUCGAGAAUUUAAUGACAAGAUUCUUCGAAAUUUUUUAUUUAACAAUUCAUCAAUUUCAACAACUUUAUCAAAAAGUAAUAGAAGCACAAUACUCAACUGGAGCAUUUUCUUCUACAGAAUAUUCUUUUGUAAAAAAUGUUUUACCUUUAAUUUAUAUUAUUACAAAAGUAAAAUUAAAACAAAAUGAACAAAUACAAUUCUAUGAAUUAAUUCAAUGGAUAAAUCAGUUCUGUAAACAUACAUCUUCUUUUUCUGAAACACUUAUACAUUUCUGUUGUAGUGAAGCUUCUUCAUUUUGUCCGGACAUUAUUCAAUUAUUACUUCAUUAUGAUUUUCAUAUAAAUAUAUUUGAUUGCAGAGGAAAUACACCUUUACAUUAUCUUUUUCAAGUAACUUCUGAUGGAAAAUUGACAGUCGUAGAAAAUAUAUUUAAUUUAUUUUUGAAUACAAAUCGAUUGCAUCCAGAUUAUAUUGAUAGAAAUGGAAAAACUCCAUUAGAUCAAGCAAAAUAUUCUCAAUUAGUAUAA